ACGCGUUAGGUGAAGCUGUUCCUUGCAUAAUUCUAGUUGUAAAUAAAAAGAUGUUGCAGGCGCUGAAGAGUCUCCGCUGGGCGCAGCCAUUGCGGGCGCUGUCCACUAGCACCGCCGGAACACAGCCGAUUGUUUCACCAAAGACACCUGCACCGGAGCCGGAUAAACUAUAUAGCAAGUUGGAGAUCGAACUCCGGGGGAUUGAUCCCGCUGUUUUGAAAAGCUACACCUGGUUCGCCACCACCGCUGCAGACCAUUUGGGCAUUGAGAAGGGCAAGUGCUGGUCACCUCGAAAGGCGCACCACGAGAGAAUGACGCUUCUGAAGUCGGUGCACAUCUACAAGAAGCAUCGUGUGCAGUACGAGGUGCGUACGCACUUCCGCUACAUGAACUUCCACAAGCUGACGGGCUCUACGCUGGACACGUUUUUAGAAUACAUCGAACGCAAUCUGCCUGAGGGCGUGGCGCUGCAGGCGUCCAAGACGGAACUGCAGCAGAUCCCCGAACACCUACGACAGCCCCCGGAGCAGGUGUAGCAGACCCGAGGAGUUAGCCAUUAGUUAAUAAUAGUUCAUCGAGGAGCCAUUUAACUGUAGCCCAGAGAUUAGGCUAAUAAACAACAGAAUAAAUCGAAAA